UCAUACACAGACUCGAGGCGGAGGACAAAAAGACCUCCGCCGAGUUUGAGUUGGUCAACGGUUUGCUGUUUCUUGAGAAGGCCGGGAAUAAAUGAUUGUGCGUCCCAAAUAGAGUCUUUGCGUAGUUUAUUUUUAGGAGAAUGUCAUGAUGCCACCGGCCAUUUUGGGUAUAAGAAGACCGCAGCCAACUUGCUGCAGCGAUUCUGGUGGCCCACGAUGUUGCGAGAUGCUCAGUUGUAUGCGGAGACUUGUCAAUUGUGUCAACGAGGCAAGCCACAUACUCAGGCUCCUCUUGGGCUUUUGAAGCCCCUUCCGAUUCCGGAACGACCUGGUGAGAGUCUGUCCAUGGAUUUCAUGGAUACUCUGAUCACCAGCAAGAGUGGGAUGCGGCACAUCUUCGUCAUCGUGGAUAGAUUUAGUAAGUAUGCUAGGCUAGUAGCCAUGCCAGAAACAGCAAGAACGGAGUACGUGAUCCGAAUGUUCAAAGAAAACUGGGUUAGAGACUUUGGUUUACCCAAGUCUAUUGUGAGUGACAGGGAUGUCAGGUUUACCAGCGAGUUGUGGAAGGCUGCUGCUGCAGAGCAGGGCACUCAGUUGCAAAUGACUUCUGGAAAUCACCCAGAGGCCAAUGGCCAGGCCGAGCAACUGAACCGCGCUGUACAACACCUAUUGAGGCAUUACGUCAAGCCCGACCAGGUGGACUGGGAUGAGAAGCUUGCUCUCAUCGCCAGUCUUUAUAACAAUGCGGUACACAGUGCCACUGGGGUGAGCCCGAACAGUCUACUACUGACUUUCAAACCUAGACUACCUCUUGACUUUCUCCUACCUGAGAAUGAAUCAACGACUGCACCGGGUACGUUAGAGUUUGCCUACAGAUACGAACAGAAAAUGCAGCAGGCAGUAGAACAGAUGCAGAAGGCACGGGCCGCGAUGAUAGAGUCCGAAAACAAACACCGCCGGCCUUCUACAUUUCAAGUUGGGGAUAUAGUCUGGGUUAAGUCCUCAAAACUGGGACAGGAGUAUGGGAUAUCCCCCAAACUCAUGCCUCAGUACUUUGGACCUUGGGAAGUCUUGGACUUCGUCGGAACAGAUCCGGAUGGGCACUCAUAUGUUAUCCAAAUUCCUGGUCAUCUUCGUACUUACCCUGUCUUUCACUCCUCCAAGCUGGCACCUUCCAAAGAAACUGACCAGUUUCCCAUCUCAUCGCUCAAUGCUGCCCGCAAACUCAUGCCUCAGUACUUUGGACCUUGGAAAGUCUUGGACAUCGUCGGAACAGAUCCAGAUGGGCCCUCAUAUGUUAUCCGGAUUCCUGGUCAUCUUCGUACUUACCCUGUCUUUCACGCCUCCAAGCUGGCACCUUUCAAAGAAACUGACCAGUUCCCAAUGCUGCCCCCAACCAUGGACGGAGAGGUGGACAUUCAUGAUAUUGUGGAUCACCGAGAGCUGCCGGUAUCAAGACCAGAAAGCAGGGGACGUCCUCCAAAACCGAAGCUGCAGUACCGCGUUCGGUUCUGGCAUCACACUGAUCCGAAGGAGGACCGAUGGUUCACCAGGGAGUAACUCAUGCAGACCGCUCCUCAAGUUGUGACUCGAUACGAGAGAUCUCUGCAGAAAGGAAAGCGCCCUAUGAUUGAA